CACAACAGUAGUUUCCGAAAAGUUUGACCUCGGUGUUGAAGAUGAAGAUGGAGCAAAGACAAGAAAAUACAACCUUAAUUCUACUUUCAGCAACUAGCUUGGCACUUCUAACCAUCCUCACUGUGUGGAAAUCAAAACAGUGCAAAUAUAGACUUUUAAAUGAAACUGGAGGGGCAAUGUUUUAUGGCAUGCUCGUGGGGCUAACUGUGAAAUUCCUGUCAUUUUACCGGGGAGAAAACCUGGACAACAUGGAGGCAUUGUGCAAUUGCAGUGGUCUUAACAUCACUCCUCACUUCCUGCCGGUUAACAUCACAUCUCAAUCUCCACGAAACGUUAGAAAAGUCAGUGAUGGAGUCCCAGCGCUCUCAACCCCUCAUAUGGAGACCUUUGAUCCUGAGGUCCUUUUCAAUCUGUUCCUGCCACCCAUCAUCUUCCACGGAGCUUACACCCUUAAUCAGAAACGAUUAAUUGGGAAUCUUGGAUCUGUUCUGACCUUUGCGUUUUUGGGAACCGUAAUCAGCUGUUUCACCAUAGGGUCCUGCGUCUACGGCUUCACCAGACUGAUGGUGCUGUUGGGCCGAGCAGCUGAUGGAGACUUCCUCCUCACUGACUGCCUCCUGUUUGGUGCCAUUGUCUCUGCAACUGACCCAGUUGCAGUCCUUGGCCUGUUGUCAGAGCUGCGUUUGGACCUGGACCUGCACAGCCUGCUGUUUGGAGAGAGUGUCCUGAAUGAUGCCGUGGCCAUCGUCCUGACACAUGGCAUCACCACCUACAGCCAGAUGGGUGCAGGGCAAACCUUCGAUCCCCCCUCCUUCCUCCUCUCUGUUGGUUAUUUUCUUGCCGUGUUUGCCGGCUCCCUCCUCCUGGGUUUCACAUUCACAAUCACAACAGCCCUCCUCACCAAAUUCACUCGGCUCCAUGAGAACCCACUGCUGGAAACAUCCGUCUUCUUCCUGCUGUCCUGGAGCUGCUUCCUCGCUGCCAAAGCCAGUGGACUUUCAGGUAUCGUGGCGGUGCUGUUUUGUGGUUUGAGCCAGGCAAGGUACACGUUUCACAAUUUAUCCUCCGAGGGCAGGACCAGGACCAAGCAGCUCUUUGAAGUCUUCAACUUCCUCGGGGAGAUUUUCAUCUUCAGCUACAUGGGAUAUGUAUUGUUGACGUUUCCUCGCCACGUCUUCAAAGCCCUCUUCAUUACUGGGGCAUUUCUCUCCAUCUGUAUAUCAAGAGCCUGUAACAUCUACCCGCUCUCGUUCCUCCUGAACCUGGGACGCACCACCAAGAUCCCGCGCUCCUUCCAGCACUUCAUGGUGUUUGCAGGUUUCAGGGGGGCUGUAGCCUUUAGCCUGGCUGUGAGAGACACAUCCACAGAAGCGAGGCGCACCAUCCUCUCCACCACCCUGCUGCUGGUCGGCUUCACCACCUGGGUGCUGGGAACCUCCGCUGAUCCCAUGCUGCACCUUCUAAACAUCAGAGUGGGGGUGGAUUCAGAUGGAGAUGAAACACCAGAGGACCUUUCCUUUGAGGUCGCUACAGGGAGGCCAGACACAACACGAGGCCUGUGGCACCGUCUGGACUACAAAUUUCUUAAACCCUUGCUGACACACUGCGGCCCCCCCCUCACCGACACACUGCCACAGUGCUGUGGGCUUUUUGCCAGACUCUUCAGCUGCCCCCAUGUCCAGGAGGACGAAGAGCAGGUGUGUGAGGCAGAUCCCGACGACUUUACGUUCGAUUUGGAGAAAACGGAGGAGGGGUUUGGAUCUGAAGGAGGUGAUUGUGGACCAGCUCACCAAGAAGACCUGCUGGAGGGAGAUCUGGGACUCGGCACCGAUCCUCCUGCUAUCACCUGAAGCUGCAGGAUUCACCUCCAAUCCUAUAUCUGCCCUGAGGGAAAUGUCCAUGAGUGGGGUCAUCUGAGAGGAGCCAAUCGGGAGUCAGCGCUACAGUAGCCUCCCGAAAAAAAGGUCAUGCACUCCUCUUGUUCUGACGCACAUGCAAAGACACACUCGGGGAGAAAUGACUUCCUGCUGCACUGCUGGUGAUCCAGUUAAGGAAUUUAAUAGCUGAUUUAUAAGUGUGUGCUCGGUCUACUUUUCACACAGAAAACACACUUUAAAUUCCAGUACAGCAGCUCUAAGCUUUACAGUUGCAUUAGGUCUUUGUUUCUGGCUUUUUGGGGACAAUUGCUUAUGAAUAUCUGCCGUGAUUGAAAGCCACUGUAUUUCCCUUAAUCAGCAGAAAUGGUAUUUGCGUGCCAACUUAGCUUUGCUCCUACCUAACUCCUUAUUAAACUUUUAUAGCACUGUU